AUGAUCUCUGCUUUACUUGUCGUUUUUCUUCUUAAAGGAAUAGCGGCUGAGGAGCAACAGGAGGAGGAGAAACCUAGUGAAUGCUUGAAAAAAUGCAUUGGUCCGAUUGCAAAGAUUGAAAGAAGCUUUGAGUAUUUGUUUAAUCAUUAUGAAAAAGUCUGCGACACACUAGAAACAGGAGCGUUUUGUGCUCGAAAAUGCGAAAGAAAAGAUGUCGAGAAAUUCCAUCAAUUUACCACUUUUUAUCGGGUACAUUGUGUGGAUUAUGAAGAAGAUCUUGAACCUCAUCUACCUUGCCUAGCAAAGGUUGCAAAAGAAGCUGAUCAGGUGUGCAGAGACAGAUGUCACAAGGCCUACAAAGUCGAAAAGACAGAUGAAAAGGAAAAACAGAUGAAGAAGAGUUGUCUGAACUUGGAAUGUUCCACAGUUUGCUACUUCCAAGAAUUCUCUGAGGAAUGUCCAGAAGCUAAAGAUGCCCUACUGAAACUCAACAUUGGGCAAAUUCAUUCACUGGCGCUUACGAUUCAUCCGAUUUCAUUCGAGCGAAUGACGCAAGAAUGCAGAAAUGUGCACGAUACCGACCAUAUGAAGAAGAAGAUGUUGGGACUGGAGGAUUGA